CUUCUCCACCGUGCAUCCUUUCCCCGACGGUCUCGUCCAUCCCCUCCCGUUUCUCCACUCUUCCUAACUCUCGUAGUUUGGUUUCCCCUCGGCCUCCACUCGCCUGAUGGCGAAGAGUGGAGACUGGAGUACACUAGGUCUACCCCGGAUAUCGCGCGCUGCAACGCUGCGAGAUAACGACCCAGAAGAGGAGAAGAUGCGUUGCUGUUAUCCCGGUUUUUUUUAAAAAAAAGCCCGCCCUUGCGUGGUGUAUUUGCAUCUCCUCGUGAGGGGAAGUUGCGGUGACGCUUAAUCGGAUAUCGAUCUGGCGGCUUUAAAUCGGGUGGCUCCCCUCCUUCUGAAUCCUUCAUUCCUGUCAACCUUUUUUGCCCUUUCUCCAGUCUGUGGCUUAUCUAGUGUCUUUUUCUUGUUCCACUAGUUGUUUGCCCGCCAUGGCCGACGAGAAAGCCGCGCCGCCGCCCACGGUGGAAGUAGAGAAACAUGUCGACCCCACCUUGGAGAAGCAUGCCCACGAUGCAGAUGAGGCCAUGCAGGCCAUUCAGGACCUGCAGGGCGAGGCGAUCGAGCUAGACGAGGCGACAAACAAGCGUCUCUUGAGGCGGAUCGACUGGCACAUGAUGCCAAUCAUGUGUGUCGUCUACGGCAUGAACUAUCUGGACAAAACCACACUCUCUUACGCUAGCGUCAUGGGGAUCAAGGAGGAUUUGUCACUGAAGCAUGACCAGUACCAGUGGCUGGCCAGUUUGUUCUACUUCGGCUAUCUGGCAUGGGAAUACCCGACCAGCCGUUUGCUGCAGAUGCUUCCGCUGGGGAAAUAUUCCGCUGCGUGUAUCAUUAUCUGGGGCGGCAUUCUCUGCUGUUUCGCUGGCGUCAAGAACUUCUCUGGCGGCGUUGCGAUUCGCUUCUUCCUCGGAGUCUUCGAAGCGUCUGUCACCCCAGGCUUCGCACUAUUAACCGCUCAGUGGUACACCAAAACCGAACACAGCAGCCGGGUCAACAUCUGGUUUAGCUUUAACGGCUGGGGCCAGAUCUUCGGUGGCCUCGUGGCGUACGGGAUCGCGGUCGGAACCCGCGUCCACGGCUCGGCCAUCGACCCCUGGAAGAUCGUCUUCCUUGUCACGGGCUUCCUGACCGUCGCGCUGGGACUGAUAUUCCUCUGGGUUGUCCCUGACAGCCAGCUGAACGCGCGGUGGCUCAAGAAGGAGGACCGGCUGCUGGCGAUCGCCCGCGUCCGAGUCAACCAGCAGGGUAUUGGGAAUAAGCAUUUCAAAAAGUACCAGAUUCUGGAGACUCUUAUGGAUCCGAUGACUUGGGCUUUUUUCUUCUUCUCCAUCAUCGCUAAUAUUCCUAAUGGUGGUAUCACGAACUUCUUUAAUCAACUGAUCACCAGCUUCGGUUACACAGAAGAGCAAAGCUUACUCUACGGCACUCCGGGCGGCGCAGUCGAGAUCGUCGCCCUGCUACUUAACGGAUACAUCGGGCAAUACACAAGCCAGCGCAUCCUGUGCAGCAUGGGCGGGCUGGUAACCUCCAUCGUCGGCAUGGUCCUCAUCGUGGCUCUGCCCCUAAACAACAACGUCGGCCGUCUCAUCGGCUACUACAUGACACAAGCUAGCCCGACACCAUUCGUCGCCCUGCUCGCGCUCAUCUCCUCCAACGUCGCGGGAUACACCAAGAAAACCACAGUGGCAGCUUUAUACCUGAUUGGAUACUGCGCGGGCAACAUCAUUGGCCCCCAAGCUUUCCGCCCCGAAGACGCCCCCCGCUACGUCCCCGCUGAAAUCACCAUCAUCGUCUGCUGGGGCGUCUGCCUGCUGAUCAUGACCUUCAUCUGGUGGUGGUACGACCGCGAGAACAAGAAGAAGGCGCUGAAGCGAGCUGCGCCGGACUAUGUCCGCAUGGAGAACCAGGAGUGGUUGGAUCUGACGGAUAGGGAGAACCAUGAGUUUGUGUAUUCUUUGUAGAUGUGACUGGUUGGACUUUUA